CCUUGUCCCAAUAGCCGAGUGCAUCAUGGACCCAAAGACAACGCUGAACAUUGAGGAGCGCGCCGCGGCGGAGAGCAUGAUGUUGGCGCAUGAAGAGCACUCGCGAAUGUUGGCCUUUCGUAGCGUAGGAUUUGUUCUGUGUGUCCUGGUGGGCCUCCUUGUCCUCAUCACGUGGCAGCGCCGGCGCAUCAGCAAAGCCGCGUCCCACAAGCACGCAGUCGCGAUGCGGCUGGCGCAUUUCAAGCGCGUUUCGUACGUCCUCAACAAGCACCGCGAGAUAGAAAUGGCCAACGUUGAGAUGGCACAUCUCAUGCACGACGACGAUGAAGAGCUCAAGGACGACGAAGAGCGUGGCAUGAUGUGAUGUGUAUCAAGGUUGAGACGUAUUUGUACAUUGUGUCUUCGACUAUACGCCGACGGGAUGCGCGUGGACUUGAAAUCCCGUUUGUUCUACAUGAACAAGGUGAAACACGCGCUUCGUCGUGGGGAUCGACGAUGGGGCCGACGCGAAUGUAUUGGUCACGGCGACAGUGCAGACAAGUGAACUGUCC